AUGACAAAGAAUGGUCCCGACUACGAGGCCGCCGUGCAGCUCAACGAAUUCCGAGAUCAGGAGGAAGCCAAAGUUCGAGCCCAUUAUCUGGACUGGGACCGGCACAUCUAUAAUCCAAUUGCAACGCAGGCUUUCCGACAUCUCAACCCUCGGGUUGAGAAACGCGUGUGCUUCAACCUGGAUUCGCCGUUCCAUCUUGCGGUAGAUGCUUCCAAGGAUCCUGCGAAGCGACAGCUGCUGCAGAAUCAUCGCGAACGGAGCUUCCAGAAAGAGUGCCAGGAGCUUCUCAGUUCUGCGCCCAUAAUUCCGGACCCUGUGGAUAAGAGGAGAGCAUUGGGUUCCGACUGUUUGCCCAAGUCGGUUAGCCGAGCCAUCUUGGAGCCUGACGUAUGGGGGCACUAUGCCACUUCGGUCUUUGGCCACUUUAUCGAGACCUGUGAUCCCCGAGGAACCUGCAGGAGAAUGAAAUUCGGUGGACCGAACCGGCACAUUCCCGAUGAGACAGAUAGUGCUGCCGCAGGCACCCGCGUCAGUCGCGCUCGCGGUUUCGGAGACAAAGGCGUGCUUCGCGAUGAGGUCGCCAUGGGUGAGACACGCGAUUUCCGCGAUGGCAGUGGUGCUGGCAGUGCUGCCCCAGCCCAGGACCACUUUGGCUUCCAGAGUGGGAAAGCAAUUGCUCUCCGGGUAGUUUUUAAUUUGCGAUUACGGAGCGUUAGUGGCAAGCGCUUGCGAACAGCUCCAAAAACGCUUCAUCUCUCGACAGUCCCUCUCGAUUAUUGGGUCCAGGAAGUGCGAUCCAAGCAGCUGAACGAGCUAACGGACGGGCGCUGGAGUUACGACUUGGAGGCCGAUCGCUUUGAGCCCAAGGGCGCGUUUGAGUGCCCCGGCGACUCGCGCAUCCAAGUGGGUUUCAGUGGUCCCGUGGUCCUCGAAAGGUUUCAGAAAGAGCCAUCCAUGCUGCAGUUGUGGAAUGGCACCUCUGGAGAUGGAGUUCCUGUCAGUGAGAUUGCGCCCUGUGCCGGCGAGGCACCAAAGCCUUUAUUCCUGGAGCUCGGCGAGCCGCCUGUAACUUUCGAACUGCGUUGUUUAGAGUUCAGCCUCCCGGUGAGGCUCUCCACAGGUGGAGCCUACACGGUGAGCAUGAAGCCAGGGGCCAGGAGGGCGUCAAGGAUUGAUCAGAGAAGGUUGUCGACGAGCCACGGGGAAGCAAUGGAUCACGUGGCCAGUCAGAACUGCAGCAUGUACCAAAGGGCCGAUGCCCUGCAUGGACUUCACACCGCCAUCUCCAUCACUGCUGCAAAUGGAGAGGUGAUGCAGCAUCGCCUUGAGGUGGCAAAGAAGGCCACGCUUGAAAUGAAGGUUCUUGACCUGCAGCCAGGGCGCGAGUACAAAGUUCAUGUUCGACCUUCUCUCGGUGUGCUCGACGGCCUCGGUCAGCCCUUGCAGGGCUCGGAGGUAACGCUGAAGAUGGCUCAGCUUCCAGGCCUGUUCCUGACGCCAGAGUCGCGGAAUCCGGGCCUGUGGUCUUCGAGCGUUGCUGAUCGGUUUCUGCCUUCCGAUCUGCCGGAGUUCUUCCCCCUUCUUGCACGGCGUCAUCCACUGAAGCAGCUUGGCAACGUCGAGCCAACCUCAUCCAUGCAGGCGUUUGCAUGCCCGAUUUCCUCAGCGGAAGAGCUGAGGGACUUUCUUACUUUCUACUUCUCGCCCGAGAAGGCAGUGUCGUCGAAGCAUGGCCCCUGUGCUGCCAAAGCUGCAGAACGUCCGGGUGUCCUUCUGUCCAGCGGCAAGGAUGUCCAGUUCAACCAGAUACCUGUGGAAUUCAUGCGUUCGAGGCUGCUCUUCCUCGAACUGGUCUGCAUGGGGCAAGACGCAGACAUGCGACAGUGUGGGAUGCGCAGUCCUGGAAACACAGCCCGUUUCCUGAACGCGGCGUCAUUCGAGGUCACGGUGGCCUUCGCUAGCCCACGAGAGGCGCCAUACGCGAGCGAGGAGCCUCAUGCGAUGAUCCUGACAGCGGUGCACGGCCUGAACGAUGCAAACCCAAGACAGGGCUUGGAGGUGACGGUCUGGGAAAUCCCCAGCACGCGCUGGAUGAAUGGUCAGAGUGUCCAGCCGCCUGUUAAAAGGAUCGCGACGGAGGUGACGGAUGCUCACGGCCGCUCGGCCACAUACCUGCCACAGGAGAUGCGGCAGCCCCAUGAAUAUGGCGGCAAGAAGGGCUAUGUCGUCUCUGUUCAAGACCCGAAGAGUGGCGAGAUUCUCCUCUCUGACUUGCUUCGCCUCGGGAGGAUGCCACCGCAAGUCGAAUCCCCCAGUGCAGCAUUCGCCGGUGCUCUCCGAGUUUCGCUUGCCACAGACCGGGCUGUGUAUGCACCUGGAGAUUCCGUGGCGGUGCUUGGCGUGGUUGCUGCAGUUGGCACGAUUUGUCCAGGAGGAAAGCCAGGCAACGUUUGCGCCCCCUCUGCAGUACGAAAUGAGCCGAGCCUUUCGUGUCGUUUGGCUAUGACGGCCGCAAUGACGCCGGAGGUGUGGGAUCAGCUGAAGCAUCUUCGAGAGGAUCGGGAGAAGCUCAAGGAGGCGGCCGAGAGCGCGCUGCAGGAUGGAGACGAGGGAGGCUUCGAGUUCCAGAACAUGCUCGCCUCCGAAAUCACCGAGAAGAUCGAAGAGCUCGAGGGCAAAUACGGCACCCAGCCGCCCUUGCCGGGAGCCAGAAACGAGCCCUCGCAGGUCCCGCAGGUUGGCAAGUUGCCGCUGCCCCCUCCGCCUCCGGCGCCGGUGGCCUCCGUGGCUUUGGCCAAGCUGCCGGGCAUGCCCGGCGCCCUUCCUGGUGUCGCCAAUCUACCACCGGGCCUCGCGGCGACGAUCCCGCCAGGAGUGGCGGCAAAUCUCCCUCCAGGCAUCGCUGCCAACAUUCCGCCGGGUGUCGCAAGUGCCCUGGGCAAGAUGCCGCCGGUACCGGGGGCGCCCCCGAUGCCAGGCUUGGCCCCCGGCUUUGUUGGCGUGCGGCCGCCACCCUUCCCGCUACCACCUGGCGUGAUGCCGCCGUUGCUUGGGCAGCCGGCGAAUCUCACACAGCAGCAGGCUAUGGAGUACGAAGAGACGAAGGCUCGAGACACGGCGCUGGAACCGGAGGUCAUCGAGCUUGUGCAUUACUUCAAGAUCUCGGAUCGACAUGCUCGAAUGCUCAACGAACAGCUGAAGCGGCGAAACAACACGUACGAGGAGGACAUCGCAUCCCUCUAUGAGAUCUUGAAGGGUGCCAAGAAUCCAGGAGAUCUGUUGAUGGUCUCCAUCCGGUGGAUGGAGAAGGGUGUGUUCCGCGGCACCCUGACGCCCAAUCCAGCGGUUGAAAAGGCGGCCAAAAAGUACAAGCUGGAUGCGCCUUCUGCCUGCAAGUUGGCGGAGGUGCUCGAAUGCCGGGAAGACCCAGAUGCCGAUCUCAGGAAGCUCUGUGAUCACCUAGCAGCCUCAAACAAACCCUCAUCCUUGGUCAUGCAGAUGUUGCGAGAUAUCAAAGCUGGCAAGCCCGUGGAGGCGUGCACCCGUGCCCCAGCCAUCGGAAGCUAUCUGCACAAGAAGGAGACGGCGACGAAGCAAAACUCGAAGGGCGGCCGCAGUAGGACGCCAACCCGGCGCAGCCCCAGCCGGGAGCGGAGACACCGCAGCCGAGAGCGGCCAAGGGGUGGCCGGAGUCGCAGCCGAGGCGGAGGCGGCCGCGGCGGAGAGCGAGGCGGAGAACGUGGCGCCCACCGCGGUGACCGCGGGGAUCGCGGGGGUCCGGAGGAGAAUGGCCGUGGCCGGCAGCGACACCUGGCCAUACUCCGCACGCUGUGUGCAGAUGCUUCGGGCUUGCUUGUGCUGCAAGAAGUUUCCGAAGAUGAACUAUAA